ACACUACUCUGAAACAUGGCGAUUCAACAGGACACAUCAGUCCGCAAGUGGUUGGUGCUCGUUGCAAGCUUUUUCAACAUGUUUUUCUGUGCUGGAUUUCCAUUCAAUAUGUCAGUGUUAAACACGGAAUUUUUACGUGUAUUCGAGAGAAGUAAAGCGGAAACGGCACUUGUACAGUCUGUUAUUUCAGGAACACUGUUAAUUGCAGGUUACCCUUGCGGUCAAAGCGUAAACAGAUUUGGAGUACGCAAAAUGGGCAUUCUUUCCGGACUGCUGGCUUCAGUCGGACUCUCUGUUUCCUUUUUUGCAACAAGCAUCCCUUAUCUCGUCAUCACUGUGGGUAUAAUAACAGGUCUAGGAUUGUCAUUGGCGUAUGUAGCGUCUACUACUGCAAUAGGUGAGUAUUUUACUGGAAACGCCCGGCAUCUGGCUAUGUCUUUUGUGGCAUGUGGAUCUGGAUGUGGUUCAAUGGUUUUCCCGUACCUAUUGGACAGGCUUAUUAGCGUGUUCGGCUGGAGAGGAUGUUUACUCAUUGUUGGAGGACUCAUGGCGAAUAUGAUCUGCCUGUCUGCCAUUUGUAAACCCCUAACAGUCGGUUUGGCGCAGUCGAAAUAUGUGCAAUCAAAUAAAACCAAUUUGAAGCCGCAUCAAAUCAAUGAUACUGGACUAAACAUUUCUAACGGACAUACACAUUGUUUCAUGAAGCUGGUUUUGCUAUCAAAGAACUAUGCCUUUAUCAUCUUCAUCCUUGGUAUAGCAUGCACUAUUCCUGUUUUUAAUUGUAUUCUGAUUUACAUAAUAGACUUUUUGAAGACAAAGUCAUUUGACAGUGAGGAAGCAUUGCUGCUUUAUCUCUUUAUGAGUGUAGCCAACACGCUGGGUAGAAUGAUUCCCGGGUUAUGUAAGUACAUACCUCAUGUGAGUUCACUGGUCAUACCAGCACUUACUACAAUCAUAAGUUGUAUUUCGACUGUUGGACUAUUGUUUGCAAAUACAUAUAAACAACACCUCCUUCUGAUGUGUGGAUUCGGACUAGCGAUGGGCAGCAUUGUAACGGUGAUGUCGAUGACGACCAUUACGCUUGUUGGACUAGCUAACUUCUCUGUUGGUGUGGGGAUCCUGAUGACGGUUACCGGUGUCAGUUCCGUGUGUGCUGGAACCAUUUCAGGCUGGCUACUCGACCUGACGGGUACUUACACGGUGGCAUACUACAGUGCUGCAGCCUCCCACGGCGUGGCCGUAUGUCUGUUCUGUCUAGCAGCAUUGAUACGGAAACAUAAUCGACUAACAUCUGAUACAUAUCAUCUCGGAGAUUCAGUUGACGGACCAUGAACCACUUGUGUGCAUCACCACCUCCAAGAUUCAGUUGACAGACAAUGAACUACUUUAGUGUAUUGAUAUAUCGCCGAACAUCGAACCGUUACUACCCCCAUGGUUCAGUUGACGGACAAUGAAUUACUUUUGUGAAUUAUUUGUCACAUGAUAUCAAACGUUUACGACUUCUACCAUAAACCAUUAAAGUGUUGUCUAAAAUCGAACUUAUACCACUUCCAAGGUUCAGUAGACGGACCACGAACCACUUUUAUGCAUUAAUAUAUCAUUAAACGUCAAAAGCAUACCACUUCCAAGGUUCAAUAGACGGACGAAUUACUUUGGUGUACUGUAUAAAAUAAAAUGUUCGUAUGUAUAAACUUUCGUUGUUUUCAUGGUUUCUAUGGGACCACAGAUAUAAAUACAACGAAUAUUUGUACAACUCAAAAGAAUAUACACAACGUAAAUGUGAAAAUAAUAUCAACUUUAUUUCAAUCAAAAAGGU